CCCGUGCUGCUCGCUAACGUCGGGAUUAAAUUUUCAUCUUUUCCCUACCUACACGUUGCUGUUGCCGGAGGCGGGGUACCGCUUCUUCCGCUUUCGCUCCGGUGAAAGCCGGACUGAGCUCUGGCAGCUGCUCGGGCCACACCCUCCGCUCCUGCCCUCUCCUUCUUCUUCUUGUUUUCUGUACCAACAGUCGCGAGCUCUGCUUUGUGCCGUACCUGCCUGGCUGAGAGCUGGCCCGCCGCGCGCAUGCAGCAGAAUGGCUCGAGCGGUUCCAACGGCUCUGACGGCUGCAGCAGCAGAGAGCGCCAGUCUCUGUCCUUCAGCCCGCUGCCCGCCGCUACACGGGUGAGACGCUUCAUUCAGGAGAGACGGACGCUGCCUCUACCCAGAGUGAUGGUGGUAUUCUCGGCCGCUGGGGACACCGAGAAACCGGGCGAUGCCAUGUCCAGUUCGGACUCUGUGGAGGACGAGUUCCGAAAGCCGGCCUCCCCUUCGCCGAGCCUGGCUCUGAGCACACCACUCCGCUCCUCGCUGAACACCCAGGAACAGGAGUUUCCAGAGGUCAUCUCUCUAAACGUUGGGGGCACAUACUUCACCACUCGCCUGUCCACACUGCGGCGAUAUGAGGACACCAUGCUGGCUGCCAUGUUUAGCGGCCGUCAUUACAUCCCACGCGAUGCCGAGGGGCGCUACUUCAUCGAUCGGGAUGGAGCCUACUUUGGGGACAUCCUGAACUUCCUCCGAGAAGGCGAGCUUCCUCACCGUGACAGAGUGAGAACGGUAUACAGAGAGGCUCAGUACUAUGCCAUCGGCCCGCUGCUGGACAGCCUGGAGGACAUCCAGCCACUCACAGGGGAGAAAGUUCGACAAGCUUUCCUCGAUCUGCUGCCCUACUACAAAGACAAUCUGGAGCGUAUCGUGGAAAUCGCUAAACUGAGAGCCAUGCAGAAGAAGGCGCGGUUUGCAAAGCUGAAGAUCUGCGUCUACAAGGAGGAGAUGCCCAUCACGCCGUACGAACGCCCUCUUUUUAACUCUCUGCGCUUCGAGCGCUCGGACAGUGAGGCCAAGCUCUUUGAGCAUCACUGCGAGGUGGACGUUUCCUUCGGGCCGUGGGAGGCGGUGGCGGACGUUUAUGACCUGUUGCACUGCAUCGUCAGUGACCUGGCCGAGCGCGGCAUCGCUGCCGAGCAGCAGUGCAUCGGCGUCUGUGAUAAACACCUCAUCAACCAUUACUACUGCAAGAGGCCCAUCUACGAGUUCAAGAUCACAUGGUGGUGAAGCUCCAUGACUGAUAGGACCAAAGAGCAACGGGAUGGAUGUUUCACUUUUAACUCAGCCGAUACUGGUUUUUGUAUUGUCGUUGCCAGUAUUUUGUGCUGAUGUCUUAAAAAUGUGACCCUUUAAAUCAUGCUGUAAGUAUUCAGUUUCCCCAAGAUGUUUUAUAUUUUCCUUCUUGUACAAGGUAAAAACCUUCUAUAGCAUCUUAAAAGUACUGUAGAGAGUACCGUAACACCCCUAACUCUGGUGGCCUCUAGUUUAACCUCUUACCUUGAUUCAGUGGUGUGCAGGUGUGCCGCAAUAGAUCACCACAGGUGCGCAUGUGUGAUACACUCAUUAGCCUUCAAGACGAGGUGAUGCUUUCAGUUAGAUCAGUUAGAUUGCUGUUCAGCCUAUUAAUAGGUUACUAUCCACACAUUAAAUUAGGCUGUUUCUAGCAGUCUAAGCAGACUUUCCCAGACCUACCUCUCUCCCAGCCACCUCCUCCAGCGCUUCCUGGGGGGACACAGAUUUUCCCAAGCUACCCGAGAGACAUAAUCUCUUCCAUUUGUCCUUGGUCUGACCCGGGGCCUCCAGCAUGUUGGACAUGCCCAAACACUUCACCUGGGAGGCGCUAGUGAAUUGCUUGAACCACCUCAGCUGGCUCCUAUUGAUGUAGAGUAGUAGCUUUACUCUGAGAAACCAAUCCGAGGGUCUCAGCAUUAACAUUGGGUGAGAGACGGGGUACCCUUGGACAGGCAGUCAGUGGAUCAGAGGGAUAAAACAGAGACUCAUGCUCACAAUUACACUUAUAGCAAAUUUAGAAUCACCAGGGAAGUUAACAAGCUUGUCUUUGAACUGUGGCAGGAAACUGGAACACCUAUGAAGAUGCCACACAAAAGGCCCCGUGAGGUUGCUCUGAGGUGGCAGCACUGACCAUCGUAGCACCAACCUGCACUUUGGUCAUUUUUGGAGUUAAUGUAUUUAUUUAAAUGUCAAAGCAGGAAAUGUUUUGGCCGCAUACAUCAUACCUAUUGCUUAUUGCAUGUAUACUCAGAGUUAUUAACAAAUGAUGAAGGAAAUGCUAUGCAUCAUGCACAAAUGGCAUGGGUGAAAGGCAACCUGUGUAGCUGAAGCAUAUCUACUCUGUUAGACACACGCGGAUGGAUAUAAAUUUCCUGAUGGAAAGAUUGACUUCACUUUAAAUGACUAAAGUAAUCCACUGACCUUUAAAAAGGAACACAUUUAAGUCAUGCAGGAACUCUGAGACCAAUAUGUACAAUUAUGUAUUAAACAUAGAAAAAUAGAAACAGUAGUGCUUCACGAUCAGCUGUGCACAUGUAGCAUGCGAGCAGGUGGAUUCUGAAGGGAAAAAAGCAUUGUUUUCUAACAUGGAUCAAUUUGAAAGUACGGCUGCUUCUGAUGUAAACCGCUGAUCGCUUCAUAUUUAAUCCACAUGGCUUGCGGCAUUGUCUGUUAGACUUACAGUUUUAGGAAACAUCAGCCAAUGAAGUCACAAGUACACCUGGUGUACUCACACCAGGUGAGAGUGAGUCCAGUUUGUUUGCUGCGUGCUGUGCCAAGGUGCGAGUAAGUGAGCCAUCAUUGCACUCGGGCACAUUAUGCAUAUAGUGUGAUCACCUAUCUGCACUCCAGCACAGACCUGCAGUGCUUCCUCAGCGACAGCUGCAUCCAUGUGAGGACAGCCUGUCACCACUUUCCCAAUUAUGCCACCAACAGUUUUGCUUGUGCACGGUGUCCCUCGCUUUCUCUGCAGCCUUGCUUCCAAACACUGUAUGGGGAUGAAGUUUCUCUCUUUCAACAGAAGAAGACGUUGGGGAAAAAACGUAGGAUGAAAUGCUGGUAGUUAAGGCGCCGAUUUCAGUAGUCUACAAUCUGCGGCUGCGUCCGUGCGACCUGUAGUUAUAUUUCGAGGACACAUAUAUCACUCGAUUAAGGCGCGUCCUCACAGGAUAAGAAUGUAGAAAGUCACUGACAUUCAAUGAGAGCGAGGGAUAACAUUGAUUUAGCUGUGACAGGGAGCAUCUGAAGCCUUGUUAUCACCCAUCAGCUACAAAGCGAUAGACAAUGAGGAAACUGUUUCCUGUGUGGACGACCGAAAAGAUAGCAGAAUUUCACUCACCAAAUCUAAAACCCGGACGCGGUCUUGGAUUAGCAGAGAUUAUUUAAUUCUAUUAAAAGUGCUCCAAAAGCCUCUAGAACAACACAAAGACCUUUAAGAGGUCGAGUUCAGUGAAUACGCUUAGUGAAGGUCAAGCCACGCCCUGUACAGUUGAUAUGAAGGAGGGAAAUAUCCACAGUUAGUGCCAACCUGUAAACAUAUUAAUGCUGUGAAAGUGGGUAUUUUAUCAUGGGAGUCUAUGGGGACUUUUUGCCUUUUGGAGGCAGCCUCAAGUGGCCACUUGAGGAACUACAUUUUUUUUCCACUUAAUGUUUUUGGUUCAUUUUUCAGCUCUAAAGUUUGCUGCGUGAUUUUAGCUCAGCUGAAACUCAGCACUGUACUUACUCAGGUCCACAGAAAUUUACCCGCCAAGUUUAAAAUAGAUGUAACAAACAGUUGAGGACAUGCAGAGAUUUCUUGAAUCAUUAGCUGACUUUAUCCACCAUGUACAGAGGAGUUAAAGAAGGUCAGGAAUGUCAUGGUUUUAUAGAAAAUCAGCCCCAUUUUAAAUCUGAUAAUCUCGACUCUAAGUUUGUGAUUUAAGUUUGAAGGUUGUUGAUGUAUAUCUAUGAUGACUUUGUGUCUGAGCCACCAGCAGUGCUGUGGUUAAGCAGACAAGCUGUAAGAAGUAAGUAAGACGUCUGUGAUGUAACCACAGAUCGACUUUAAAGGCCAGCUCUAAAUCCUAACUGUACCAUUAUGUAUGUUUAUGCAUUAAUUCAUUUCCUGAUUUAUCAGUCUGACUGUAGCUUUGAUCUGAUCUGUGUCAGGGUUCACGACCCACCACAUUUCCAGAGCCAUCAUUUGAACACAUGCCCUUAUAGUGGAUAUUGUAUAUUGUGAUUAAACUGAAGUCAGAUGUGUAUAUUUUAAGACUAACUUGCUUCAGGUGUAAUCUAGACAGAGUAUAUUUUCAUUAAGCUGCGAGUUUUUAAAGCUAUAAGGAAGCUGGGGCUGUAUCCAUAUUGCCAUUCACAGUGUGGGUUGAAGGAGUUUGUUUUAUUGCACACUAAUGAAUAUUUGUAGUUAAUGCAGCAGAUGUGAAGCUGUCUAGAAUUCAGAAAUAUUUGUUAACAACCUCAGUUGUUAUUUUUCCACCUCUUUUAACACUGCUGUACUUUAUAAAGUCAGAGCACCUUGAAACUUUAACAAAGACAUCUCCAAGUUUCACCUCAGUGUCGCCUCACUUCAGUUAUCCUUACUAAGAAAUGCAAACAUGCUUAUUUUAUUGAUUAUGCAGGAGCGAUGCUACAUUAUUUCCUGGAGCACUACUUGUAAAUUUGUUUUUACAGCGUUGUGUUUGUUUAUAGUGUUUUUAUAUGGUUACUUAUCUGUUUCUGUUAGCUUCCAGGAAGCUCUGGUUCUAUAUAGUCGACUUCAGUUUGUUUGUAGUGUGAAAGACUAAUGUGUCAUUUUUAUUAUUUAUGGUAAAAAUUAAAACUGUUAAGUGCAUCCACA